AUGAUUGGUGGAGACAAUCUGAUUCACCAAGUCAAUGACACAACAACUACAACUACUACUGUUGCUGACCAAGCAACAUCAACAAUCCAAACAAAGGCAACAACAACAGAUAAUAAGCUCAUUGAUCUAACCGGUGGUGCAAUACUCAAUGACAAGUUACAAUACUUUCAACUGCAACACCUGACACAGUUGGAGACUGAUGGAUACAUCAUCAUAGAUGACUUUGUUGGACAGACUCUGCACGAUAGUUGCAGAAAGGAAACACUUCAACUCUACGACUCUGGUGACAAACUGCGUGAUGCCAACAUGAGUCGUGGUGACACCAAAUGGAAUGAUAAGUCAAUACGAUCAGACAAGAUCAUGUGGCUCAACAAGGACACCUGCUUGGACCUGAAAGAGGGAAGGAUACCACACAUCUCAACAUUACUGGCACGACUGGAGCAACUCAGAUCAGAACUCAAUGCCGUCAUACCAAGUCUCCACUUGGAUGAGACCAGAACACAAUCACAGCUGGCCAUCUAUCCAUCUGGUGGUCGAUACAUCAAACACACUGACUCCUUUGUAGGUGGCAACAGUCGUCGAAUCACAUGUAUAUACUAUCUCAAUCCUGGAUGGAAGCCUCAGGAUGGUGGUGAGCUUAGACUAUACAUGCCUCAGCUACAACAACAACAACAACAACAUGACAACUUAACAACAACAGUUGAUAUCGAACCACUCGGCGAUCGACUUUUGCUCUUCCUAUCAGAGUACAUUCCACAUGAAGUCAGACCAUCCCUAGCAGACUCGCGAAUUGCAAUCACAACUUGGUUCUAUUGA